AAAAUAACCGUCACUUCGCACCUGUCCUUAUUCGUUUACAAUUACGAAGUUCACAAAAGUUUUCGAAGAGCUUUCUUUAACAACUACUGCUUUAAAUGGUUUGGAAUUAAUUGAUUUCCUUUAUUUUAAAAUCAAGGUAUCUGAGAAUUCGUUUAAAUGGUGAGAAAUGAACUCGAUAGAUAACAAUCAAUUCGAAAUUAAAUCAACCAAAAGAAAAAUUCAAAGUGGCCCAAACGUUUACUUGAACCCCGCGUUAGACCUACUCGCUAAUGAAGAUCGCAUGUGCAACACAGCUAUGGAAAUAACACCAAAUAAAAAACGUAAAUGCGCUAAAAGCUCUGAAAUUUCUGCAUUUGAAAACACUGCCUUGGACCUUGGUAUAAGUAAGGCGGCGGUGAAUGAAUUCCUUCAACGAGAACUUAACAAUGUCCGGAAGAAUAUAAAGCAUGAUAAUGAGCUCAUUGAAUCAACCAGUUCUGAAAAUAUUGAACCUGAGCCUAUAUAUGUCAAUAUAAUGGAUGUGAAUAGGGGAAUGAAACAUUAUGACAAAAAAAACAACAAAGAAGAAACCAAUUUAGAUAUUGAAGAGAAUGAAUUAGAUUCGGGGAUUUCUGUUCUUGAACAAAAGUCAUUGAACACAGCUACAUUUUCAAGUGAUUUAGAUAAUAUAUCAGCAAUAAACACGACAAACAUACAAACAAAUGUCACUAAUCAAAUAUUUGUUAACAAUAGUAGCAAUCUUAAUUUAAGUUUUAUUGAUCGGCUCGCUUUAGACUCACCGGCAGCAUCAAACCAGUCUUUGUAUUUAGACGAUGACUUAAACGAAAGUAAUAUUAUGGAGAUAAAAACUAUUACAAUCAUUACAAAGAAGAAACUAAUACAAAAGAAAACUACAAACCCAUUUUUGGAUCCAAAUCUGGACGUCAAUGAUGUGCCAUUAGGCGAGAAUCCAUUUUUAGUAGACAACAAUCCAGAGAUGGAGUAUAACAUGACUGAAAUGAAUGAAAAUGUUCCACCAACUAAUAUGAUACCCAGGAAACUGUUUGCAAGUGAAACUAACAGUACUAUAUCAACAGUGAAUGAAUCAUCAACCAGCCAUGACUAUGAAAAUAUAGAUAGUUACCGAGCUGAGAGUCCCAUCUAUGAAAAUGUGGUGGAUGGAACGGCAGACACUUUUAACAAACAAAGUAAGAUCUUAGGUUGUGACGUAUCCCACUUCAGCGCUGUCGAUAUCAUGAAUUUGAAUAAAAACAGCCAAAAAAAUAAUCCUAAUGAAUCUAAUGACAGCAAGAAAGAUUUGAAGCACCAUAUACUAAAAGCAAGCAAUAAACUGUCAAAGAAAGUGUUUAAGACAUUGAAAAAAAAGUUCAAGGGUGAGAAAAUUGAGCAUAACAUUACAUUGAACCCUUAUGAGGUACCUCGGAAACCUCCAAAGAUAAAAACUGAAAAACCGGAGCCAGGGAUUGAGAAUCCUGCACUUAAUUUGGACAACUCUGAUGACAUUGAAAUUGAAGAGCUGGACGAUGAAGAGCACCAGUAUGAAACUAUAAAAACGAUACGGAACACACAACUAAAUACAAACAUCACGCCAUUGAAAGAAAGAGUUAUCGACAACCACGAUCUCUCAAACAAUAGAACUUACACACCAAGCAAAAAGGUCAGAUUUGACUCCACUCUGAACCAAGAGAAAGUUAUAACAGGGAAUAGUUUCGAUUGUGACAUACAGAGUCCGGGGUUUGAUUCCAAAAUUGACAAGUAUCAUGACGAACUGGAAAAUUGCAUAAAUGAAAAGAAAUUUCUGCAACAGAAUAUGUAGCCAACUGGUACCAUCUAACAUGAAACACUGGUCCAAAUCUCACUAUGCUCAAUAUGCUAUAUAAGUAUAAAUGUAAAUAGGCAUAAUUUACAUAGGAUAAUAAUUCUAAAGCCUAUAAUCUACUUAUAAUGUUUCUCUUUUAUUACAUAUUUGUAUUGUUAUUUAUAAUGACACAAUCCAAAGUGAUGUACCAAUGAUGUACUUAAUUAUUACUUAAUUUAUUUUAUUUAUAUACAUUUACUUUAUAUACAAUACUUGAUAUAGUUUUAAGAUUACACUGGCAGCUGUGCUACAACCUAAAUCAUGUUGCUACAACAGCUACGAUAUUAUUAUAAGUUUGUUUGAAGACUUUACUGUUUUUUGUAAAUAUGUGAUCAACUCUUGCCAAAUAAAUAUAGUAUUGCUUUUAAACAA